CGCAGAGUGCAGACUCUUGUUGUUAUUAUUAUUUUUGUUGUAGUGCACCUACCCGCCACCGCGGUCGUCGUGUUCACACCAUUUUCGUGUGCGUGUGUGCGUGUGCCGCCGUCUGCCGUGCCGAUCGACCGAUCUCGCGCAGUUCGCCGACGCUGCCGUUGCCCGUUGCUGUCUCCCGUCUUGCACGCGUGUGUAUGUGUGGUGCCGUGCGUGUGCGUGUGCGUGUUGCCGUUUCGUUGCGUUUGUUGCCGACGACGACACGUCUAAAUGGGAAGCGUGAACAACGCUGUCCGUUGCGGUUUCAUAUGUCGUCUGUGUUCGAAAAUCGACAAGCGCGUUGUGCACAUCUACGGCGAACUAGGCAGAAAAUACAAUUUGGUUCAAAAGAUCAGAGACUAUUUGCCCAUAAAGAUUAAAUCUUCUGAUGGUUUGCCGCUCACAUUAUGUGUAUCAUGUGUUCAAAGAUUAAAUCGCAGGCACACAUUACAAAUGGCGAUAAAGCACAGUACUGCUCGUAUAGUAUCUCGCACCACAGUAGAAUCUACCACCGGAAGAGACGAGUGUAAUCAACGCCAACAAAUACACCUCAGCUCAGCUGUACAGUCAAUUUGAUUUUCGUCUUCUUUUAUUGUAUAUACCUAUUUUUUUUUUUUCAAUGAAGACUGUUAUAAAAAUUGAGUUCAAAACACAUGAGCUGAAUAAUGUUAUUCAAAUUUGUCAAGUCUCAUCAGUGAAUUACUAAAAGUGUUUUACUAACGGUUUUUAUUAGAUUUAAGUUGAGCAAUAAGGUUAUUUAACAAAAAUUAUUUUAAGUAUAUAAUUAUAUUUCUAUGUAUAACAUUAAAAAUACCUAAAAUAAUUUAUUUUUGAUUGUAUGUAAGUUAAUUUUAUGUAAGCUAAAAUGCUUGUUUUGUUUAAGAAUAGUGCUGAUGUAGACCUAUUAGUAAUAUAUUAGGGGUAGUCAAAAUAAAUAUGUUAAUAAUAAGUAAAUGUAUAGAUAUCCAAUCUACCACUGCAUUUGACAACUAUGCAUUUUUCAAGUAUCAUAUACAAAAUAGGACAUAGAAAACCAACAAAAAUGUAUUUUAUAUUAAUAAUUGAACAUAAUAUGUUAUAUUAUAAAGUUAUUCAUGUUCAAUUGAAGACUUGAAAAAUGCAUACACAUUAUCAUCAAUUUUUUUUUCUUAUAAUAGUUUCAAUUAUAUUUCAAAAAGGGGUUACUACUAUUGUUUACUAAACCACCAACGUAUUUAAAUAACAUGGCGUGCCAUUUGUCUUUAAUUUUAUGUUAAUUUUUAAAAGUAUUCACUUUAUAUAAUUUGAAAUGAACUUUUCCUGAUCUCAAACUUAUGGGAAGGUUUUUAGUACAGAUUUGUUGAAUUUUUUAACAUAUUGAAUUUGACAUCCCAAUAAAUAUUAAUUUUUAAUUGAUUUUUUUAGUAAAAUCAGUGCCUAUAAAAUUCAAUUUAAGUAUUAAUAUUUUAUAAAAUUUAAGUUUAUAUUUUACUUUGUAGAUCUAGAAAAAUAGUACAAUAAGUGCAAUAUGAAUUGGCGCUGAAUAAAAAAUUGUUUGAAACUUUUAAUUUAUUAUGUUUUAUGAUGUACUUCUUUUUCAGAAAUAGUAAUUUAACAAAAUUAAAAAAAAAAAAUUUUUAUUGUGUUAUGUUUUGUAAAAAUUUUGAACUUCCAUUAAAUAUGUUUAUCUUCUUGUUAACUUGACCUGCAAUAUAAAUAAUUGUUAAGAUGUGAAAAAGAUAGUAUUAUAAUUUGUCAUUUGAAAAACUUA